CGGACGCCGACGAACGGGCAACACUCACGUCCAGUCCGAUCAGCCGAGUACGCCUGUCUGCAGCCGCCACUGUCGUCGCCGUAUUAUUAGCCACCCGAUCGCCGCCACGUAAAGCACACACACACGAUGAGAUCGACUCUGUUCGCGGUGUGCGCAUUAGCGCUUUGCGCCCACUGUCUGGCCGCUGACGACAAGUCGGCCAAGAAGGACGCCGUCGACGGCAAGUCGCAGGGCAAGAGGAGCCUGUUCGACACCGGCUACGGUUUCGGCGGCGUGUCGGCCGACAGCUACGGCCACGCCGACAUCCUGUCCUCCGGUUACGGACACGGACUCGUCUCCGCCAGUGGUUACGGCGCUGGUUACGCCGACUUCGGCGGUCACGACUCGUACGGCUCAUACGGCGCACACCACUCGUACCAACACCACGUACCCGUCAAGACCAUCACCAAGAGCGUGGCUCUCCCUUACCCCGUCGAGGUGGCCAAGCCUUACCCGUACCCAGUCAAGGUGGCCGUACCAGUCGACCGCCCGUACGCCGUAGACGUUCCCCAACCGUACCCAGUGCACGUCGCCAAACCCUACCCAGUCAAGGUCGCAGUGCCACAUCCAUACCCAGUCGUCAAGGAAGUGCCGGUGCCCGUUAAGGUCCCAGUCGACCGCCCAUACCCAGUGCACGUAGACAAGCCGUACCCAGUGUACGUCGAGAAGCAAGUGCCAUACCCAGUAGAGAAGCACGUCCCAGUGCCCGUCAGCGUUCCGGUCGACCGCCCGUACCCAGUGCACGUACCCGUCGAGAAGAUCGUACCUUACCCCGUCGAAAAGGCCGUCCACUACCCAGUCAAGGUACCCGUCGACCGCCCAUACCCGGUGCCCGUCGAGAAGCACAUCCCAUACCCAGUCGAGAGGGCCGUGCCAUACCCAGUCGAGAAGCACAUCCCGUACCCAGUCAAAGUGCCUUACAAAGUGCCAGUCGCUGUUCCAUACCCGGUCAAGGCGUACCAACCCGACCACUACGAACACCACGAACACCACGACUACCACCACGGCAGCUCCGGAUACAUCUGCGAUCAACACAUACACACGAUGAAAGUAAUAUUGUUUUCGGUGUGCGCAUUCGCGCUGUGCGCCUACACCUUAGCCGCAGAACAGUCGGCUAAGACAGCAAAAUCCGACGAUAACCAAUCCAAGAGAAGCGUGUCUGAAUUCGAAUACGGACACGGUGGUUCUGAAAUCGCGAGUAGCGGCUACGGACACGGAGACUUUGGUGCCGGACACGGAGGCUUUAGUGCCGGACACGGAGGCUUUAGUGCUGGACACGGAGACUUCAGUGCUGGAUAUGGAGACUUCAGUGCCGGACACAGUGAUUUCGGUGCCGUACAAGGUGACUACAGUUCAGGACAUGCAAACAUCGGCGGAGAUUACGCAUACGGUGGCCAUCAACAAUCGUCGUACCAACACCACGUACCUAUCAAGACCAUAACCAAAAAUGUUCCACAACCAUACCCCGUGGAAGUAGCCAAGCCGUAUCCUUACCCAGUCAAGGUGGCCGUUCCAGUCGACAAGCCGUACACCGUUGAAGUACCAAAACCAUACGCUGUGCACGUAGAGAAACCCUACCCCGUCAAAGUUCCAGUGCCACAUCCUUACCCCGUGGUCAAGGAAGUACACGUACCCUACAAAGUGGCUGUCGAUCGCCCAUAUCCCGUACACGUAGACAAACCGUACCCAGUGUACGUCGAGAAGCAAGUGCCGUACCCGGUCGAAAAACAAGUCCACGUACCAGUCAAAGUUCCGGUCGACCGCCCAUACCCCGUGCACGUGCCCGUCGAGAAGAUCGUACCGUACCCGGUCGAGAAGCCCGUCCACUAUCCGGUUAAGGUCCCAGUCGAACGCCCGUACCCCGUACCCGUGGUGAAGAGCAUCCCUUAUCCGGUCGAGAAGGAAGUGCCGUAUCCAGUGUACAAGACUAUCCCGUAUCCGAUUAAAGUGCCCGUCAAAGUCGCCGUUCCAGUGCCAUACCCGGUUAAGACAUACCAGCCCGAACACUACGAACACCAAGAACAUCACGGAGAACACGAUUACCAUCACGAACUCACGAACACACCUACGAUGAAAGUAAUAUUGUUUUCGGUGUGCGCAUUCGCGCUGUGCGCCUACACCUUAGCCGCAGAACAGUCGGCUAAGACAGCAAAAUCCGACGAUAACCAAUCCAAGAGAAGCGUGUCUGAAUUCGAAUACGGACACGGUGGUUCUGAAAUCGCGAGUAGCGGCUACGGACACGGAGACUUUGGUGCCGGACACGGAGGCUUUAGUGCCGGACACGGAGGCUUUAGUGCUGGACACGGAGACUUCAGUGCUGGAUAUGGAGACUUCAGUGCCGGACACAGUGAUUUCGGUGCCGUACAAGGUGACUACAGUUCAGGACAUGCAAACAUCGGCGGAGAUUACGCAUACGGUGGCCAUCAACAAUCGUCGUACCAACACCACGUACCCAUCAAGACCAUAACCAAAAAUGUUCCACAACCAUACCCCGUGGAAGUAGCCAAGCCGUAUCCUUACCCAGUCAAGGUGGCCGUUCCAGUCGACAAGCCGUACACCGUUGAAGUACCAAAACCAUACGCUGUGCACGUAGAGAAACCCUACCCCGUCAAAGUUCCAGUGCCACAUCCUUACCCCGUGGUCAAGGAAGUACACGUACCCUACAAAGUGGCUGUCGAUCGCCCAUAUCCCGUACACGUAGACAAACCGUACCCAGUGUACGUCGAGAAGCAAGUGCCGUACCCGGUCGAAAAACAAGUCCACGUACCAGUCAAAGUUCCGGUCGACCGCCCAUACCCCGUGCACGUACCCGUCGAGAAGAUCGUACCGUACCCGGUCGAGAAGCCCGUCCACUAUCCGGUUAAGGUCCCAGUCGAACGCCCGUACCCCGUACCCGUGGUGAAGAGCAUCCCUUAUCCGGUCGAGAAGGAAGUGCCGUAUCCAGUGUACAAGACUAUCCCGUAUCCGAUUAAAGUGCCCGUCAAAGUCGCCGUUCCAGUGCCAUACCCGGUUAAGACAUACCAGCCUGAACACUACGAACACCAAGAACAUCACGGAGAACACGAUUACCAUCACGGUAGCAGUGGAUACUAAAUCAAUAAACAUUUCAAUCUAGUCAAACCCGAGCCCAAGUCAGCUAUAUACAUUUAAAACAUGUACGUGUAUAGCAUAUAUUAGGUAGGUAUAUCAUAUAGUCACACGUUGUAAUUGUAUGAGCAUUUUAGAUAAUGUUUAUUUUACAGUAUUUUAUGAUCAAAUCGUAUAAUAAUAAUUUGUUAAAUGUUAUAUUCUUUGAAAUUGAAAAGAUCUCGAUAGUUGAGUCGUCACAAUAUUAUUAAACCAAUAGUAUAUAAAAUAAUAUACUAAUAAUACAAUAUUUGCGUGACAAAAAAAAAAAAUAAUUAUGAAAGUUAUAUAUUAAUUGUGUUUGUAUUUUUUUUCUAUAAAAUCUUCUUUAUUGAAUACAUACUAUUUUUUUUUUAUAUAUAUAUAAAUAUUUUAAUAUUAUCUUUGUUUAUGUAUAUUUUAUGUUUAUGUAAAAUAUAUAUUAUGCUAUAAUCUAUUUUUUGUACUCCAUUCUAUAUUAUAUUAUAUAUUGUUAAUAAAAAACAAUUUUUAUAUUA